CCGCUGGAAUGAUAAUAUUUCCGUGGCGACGAUUGCCCUGAUGUCCUAUGAAUACCUCCUUCUCUUGGAUAAAGAGGUCAAGUACGUCUGGAAACGACCGUGGUCACCAAUGUCAUACCUUUACCUCAUCGGGGAGGACUGUUGCAUAUGCCUGGACCACUCUGCCGCGAUCUUGUCGUUUUUAUGGAAUGGGGCUAUUCCGCAUAUAGUUGUAUUGCAGAAAUCAUUCUCAUCUGGCGUCUUUACGCGAUAUACAACCGUUCAAAGCUCCUACUUCGGGUCCUACUAGGGUUAUUCAUACCCGUCGUCG